UUUCUAGAGGUCUUCGUUCUAUUGCUAUGCCUGUAUCAUAGAGGUGUCCGUUUUCUAGAGGUCUUCGUUCUAUUGCUAUGCCUGUAUCAUAGAGGUGUCCGUUUUCUAGUAGCAAGUUUACAUUUUCUAGUAGUACCCGUUAGAGGCCCAGUCCAUUAUAUGACAUUCUCCGUUCCCCUGGCUGGGAGGGAAGGGGAAGGAGGAGCACAUAAAAGAGAAAACCGAACGAAGUUCUACCCCCUAAGCAGUUUUUAUUAUAGUAACGUCACCAGUGCCUUCAAAGACCUCCAUAACAACCAAGCCGUCAUUUUGAUGUCAUUGAUUCUUGCUCCAUUUUACAACUGUCCAUAGAGUUAGUAGUGAUAGAAAUUGAAAAUGCAUUAAAAACGUUGGUUUAUUUUGCUGUUCUACCGAAGACUAUGUUUAGUUAGUCGGAAAAACCCUAACGGAAUGGCAAACACUCGUCAUUGUCUACAAAAAUAGAAAAAAAAACUUAAUGCAAAUUAUAGUCAUUUAAUAUUAAUUCUCUACAUAAGACGAAAUGCUUAGUUGGUUGCCAAAUAGCCUUAAAACGUAAAAAUCCACUUGAAACUGAGCGACUUAAACAUAGUCUUAGGAAUAGUUUCGCUGGAAACUGCAGAAACAUACACAUUGGACAUCGAUGGCAAAGAAAACUUGUGUUAUAAUUUGAGCUUCAAAAGGCACCAUAAUGGUGUUCUUAAAAGGACUCGUCCUCGUCGUAACGGUUCUUGUCGACGCAACCUACAGCAGUCGUAUGUAUCACCAUAUUCCACCAUCACUUCCUCCUACGGUAACACAUGCUAAAGCUGUAAGCGAUAAUCAACCUGUUGAAACUUGUAACGAGCCGCUUGGAAUGAUGAGCGGUAAAAUACGAUCAGAUCAGCUUCGUGGGGGUUCCAUGUACAGUARACAACAUACUUUUACAAAUGCUCGACUCAACAAAACARCGUUUCCUCCCGGAUUCCUAAGUCAAGACAACUCGUGCCCUGACCCUACCAACUCCCUCAACUACUUCUUAGUAGAAUUUGACCAGAAAACCGUUGUAACCGGUAUUGCGACACAAGGGUAUGGCGAUAAGAACAUGGCUUCUUGGGUAGAAACGUAUUCUCUGAUGGGGUCCGUCGAUUUGCUCGAAACCUUUAUCUAUAAGCCCGUCAAAUUCAAAGGGAACAGCGAUCCCGAUACUAUCGUUUAUAACAGAAUCAAAGAACCCAAAGAAGUCAAAUCRAUCUUCAUUAUUCCCAAUGAGUGUAGUGGCGGUAAAACCGGCUUACGAGUCGAAUUUUAUGGAUGCGUAAUACAAAAGACCUACAUUUUGUGGGUUCGACGCUUAAUUCAAAAAUUUGAUAUAAACUUGUUUGAAACAAAAAGUUUCGAGUUUAAAGAACUAGAAAAGGACAUCAAGUUGAAGCUGCCAGCAGAAAUGUCGAAUUUUUUAUUUGUGAAUGUCCGUGGAUACAGCCCAGGAAGCGUUAUCGUCCACCUUGAGGUUGGAGCAGUAGAAGCCGAGGCUGAGAGUUUGCUCGAAACAGCAAGAACAGCACUUCAAAAUGCCUCUCUUGGGCUAGACCCUUCCUUCUUCUUCGUUCAAGAUCCUCAAGGCACAAAAGACUGUAAACCUCCAACAAUACGACUAAACCUACCAAAAGACGAAAACCGUCCAGCAGUAGCAACGAGAUCACAGCACUUUACAGUCAAAUCAACGAUUGACGUUCAACUAGCAGCAAGCUGYAAAAUUAACACAACUCUGACAUGGAAGUGGUCUUUGUCAAGACUUCCGGAAGGCGAAAAGUUCUUUGAACCAAGACAUGUCSUAGUUCAAAAUGCAGGAAAAAAUACAUUGGAAUUACCAAAACACACGCUGCAAUAUGGGACAUAUUAUAUUGAAGAACAUGUUGGACUCUCCGACUCCAGAUUCUUUAACUAUCAAUACGGCUUUUUAAAGAUCGUAAGAACUCCACUUCAGGGGUACAUUUACGGACCAGCAGUUGUUGCAAAAGGAUACAGUGAAAGCAUAACAAUAAACGUGUCUUCGUCUCUUGAUCCUGACUUUCCACAAAAUGGCACCAAGGGUAUGACUUUCCAAUGGUCGUGCGUCAAGGUCGAACGAGACCMUUCCAAGAAACUGGUCGGAUGCUUUGGAACAAGUCAAAUAAAGCUCAUAACACAGAAGGGACCAGUGUUGAAAUUAUCAGUGAAUAAGAUGGCUCCUCAAUAUGAAUAYAACAUCACUGUUGUCAUUAAGAAAGACACAAGGACCACGACGUUGAGUCAUGUUGUAAAGGUUGAUCAAGUUGCAACAAUGGCCGUUAAAAUCAA